AAAAUUGUGUUUUCCGCAGAGGUAAAUAAUAAAUAACCUAACUUAUUUUCUCGUUUCACAUUAAUAUUGAGGGUUUUUGGAAUUUGUUUUGUAAAUUAGAGAAAUAAAGGAUUUGCCGUAGUUGAAACAUCAAUAUGGGACAUUGGACAUUAGAAAUUGCCAAAAUGGCUUUGUAUGUAACUUUUCCAGUAGCUCUGUUCCAUUACUUCAAUCAGCCCCAGUAUUUUGAGGAAUGGGUUGUGAAUACCAAGAGAGAAAUGUACCCACCUGAAGAUCCGGUUCAAAAAGAAAAAUUCUUUAAUGCUAUAAGAGCAGUACAGGAAAAGCAACGUAACGAAUAUGUUGCAUCCUUAGAAAAGGAGUGAUACCUAUUUGGCCAGUUCAUUGUCUAGUUGAACCUAAUUUGUAUAUAUGUUUAAUCAUUAUGUUACAUGUGUUGAUUACCUGUUGUAUCAAAGGAAAAAUAAAUGUGUUGAAAAAUUC